AUGGCGACCAGAUUGCUGCCGGUUUCCAUCUCGAUUCGGUUGCAAAAAAAAUUGGGAUAUGAUUAGUUUGUUUGUAAUGUGGUGCAAAAUGGCAACAAAUUGAAUGUUUAAUGUUCAUUUUAUUUAGUGAUAAUAUUUGAUUUUGGACUUUUGCGUAUUUUUACAUUUUAAAUCUCGUUUUGCGUGGUGACGUGUUUCCCUCGACAUCGAUUUCAUGUGGAGGCAUGCAAAUGUGAACAUGUGCCAACAUAGCUGUGCUACCACCUAUCGCGAGCAGUCGGUCCUACUGCGAUCUUAAUAACUAUCUUCAGUUUGGAGUAACACUUAAUAAAGAGCAGACUCACUUCUUUUCUGGGAUUAGUUGUGUCUGUAAUCCCAUCCUCAGUUGCAUUUUGACAGCUGGUGCGAAAGGAUGACACUUCUCGACCUACAUUCAUGUUAUACUAAUGUCAAGGGAAAUAUGAUUGAAAAUCAAGAUCACAGCAAUUUUAACAUAUGGAGAGCCACCUGCCAUGAAUACCCAGAGGGGGAGGAGAUGAGCACACAACAGACCUCAACUAUGACAGAACUAGGUGCAGACAAUGUUCACCUCAAGAUCCUGGUACCCAGCAUUGCGGCAGGGGCUAUUAUCGGCAAGGGGGGCGAGACGAUUGCGCAUGUACAAAAAGAAGCAGGCGCUCGAGUCAAAAUGUCCAAGGCCAAUGAUUUCUACCCAGGUAAUCCACAGAGGCCAGGAACAACAGAACGUGUUUGCCUUAUCAUGGGGGCCGCUGAUUCCGUCAGAAAGGUCCACAACUUUAUCAUGGAAAAAAUUCGAGAAAAGCCUGACCCCAAUCCAAAACCAGAGGUGUCAAAAAAUAAUUUCGAGAGGCACAGACAGGUAACUGUGGUCAAUGUGAAGAUUCUUGUGCCGAACAGCACCGCAGGGAUGAUCAUUGGCAAGGGGGGUAACUUCAUCAAACAGAUCAAGGAAGAAAGCGGUGCCUACGUUCAAAUCUCACAGAAGUCAAAAGAAACAAACCUUCCCGAAAGAUGUAUCACAGUUGCAGGUGACAUGGAAAACAACAAAAAAGCUGUAGACUUGAUAUUACAAAAGAUCGUAGAGGACCCACAGAGCGGUAGUUGUCCCAAUAUAAGCUAUGCAGACUACACAGGGCCAGUGGCUAGUGCAAAUCCCACCGGCUCCCCAUUCGCCAACACAAACUUCAUGCAGAACCAACAACAGGAAAUGUCGGGCGUGGGAAAUAACAGUUUUGCUGGUGGUGCUACUUUUGGAUUUGGAUUUAAUCCAAACGCUCUAGGAGGCGCAAAUAUGGGCGGUGGUUUAGCUAAUUUCAAUAUAGGAAACUUGUUAGCUGGCGGUGGAAUGACUCCUGGAGCUUUAGACAGUUUGAGAAUGACUCUGAGAAAUAGCGGAUAUUCGGACCAGGCUACGGAGGAAAUUAGUUCAGCAAUGAGCACUUUAGCAAAUUAUGGAAUAUUAGGAAUUAUGGGUACGCAGCAGAAUGUACAGCAGGCUCAGAUGAGCAUGCAGGGUCCUCAGCCUCAGGGCAUGAUCACGACCGCAGCAGGCACACCCUCCCAAAACCCCCAACAGGGCUACAUGAUGAGUACUCCAACGUCGUCAGGUAGCCUGUUUGGACCUGUGGGAAGUGGGUCAUCAGGACUGGGAAGUUCGGGCUCCACUGCCGCCAACUCUAGUCUGUUUGGCAGUAACUCCCCGAACGUGCAACAGGAGAGAUAUGGGGGAAGUCCCAUGUUAAACGAGUCCUACACGGCCACACCAGCCUACCCUGGUUCCCAGGGCUUCACUCCUGGAGGGGAGAGGCCACCUAGCAUUAACAUCAACCAAAACUCGUUUGGUUUAGGGACUGGCAUGUAUAGUCCAACUGAGGACAAAUCGGCUACAGCCAAACAAGAUUUAGAAGUUCCGGAGAGUAUAGUUGGUGCGAUUUUAGGUCCAGGAGGGAAAGGAAUAGUGGAAUUACAGCAGUAUACUCAAACCAAUAUACAGAUCUCGAAGAAGGGUGUCUACAUGCCAGGCACUCGGAAUCGAAUCGUUACAAUUACAGGAACGCCGAACAACAUCACAAAAGCACAGUACCUGAUUCAGCAACGCAUACAGCAAGAGGAAGUCAAGAGGGCUCGCCAGGCGCAAACCUCCGCCCGUUAACACUGGCUAAAUAUUAGGCUUUAUUUACAACUGUUUUAAAAAAACCAACCAUUUUAACAAACAUUGAACUUUCUCAUCGUGUUUUACUCUUGUUUCUGUUACUGUGGCGUAGUGUAGUGCACAUUUUGACGAUAGAUUCGUCACAGACAUUUUAUUGACGUGUUAAGUAUACUAUUGUUACAGAAAUUGUUUGCCAUCAUCAUGAGAUAUAUCGUGAAGCUAGAAUAUUUAUCAACUGCAUGCCCUUUUGAUUUGUGUCUUGAUUCACACGCAUGCUUCAGUCUGAAUAGCGGACUUUUAUCUAUCAAUGUAUCACUAUUUAAGUGGAGUUGCGGUUAUUGUGUAUUUGUAUAUACAUAGGAAUAUAGGUACAGAUCUCCUUUUGGCAUAUGUAGAACACGUGUACUUAAACCAUUACAGAGCAUUGCUAUCAUCACACAGGAGUGGUCCAUUAUCAUGGAAUGUUCCAUUUUAAUUCAAUAGGUAUGGAGGCUGUUGUUAUUUUUUUGUAAAUAUGUAAAAACCUGUGAAACAUGGGUUACAGUUACCAGUGGUCUUCCGCUAGUAACUGGUUUUAUUAUUACUUUUAUUAUAGUCUAGCAUUUUAUCUUGCAUAUUAAGUAAGCACUUUUUUGUUGAAGAUAAAUGUUUUAUUUAUUACUGUUGUGGAUAUAAGUUGGUUUUUUUCUCCACUUUAAAAAAAAGAUGAUUUUUUCCGCAGAGAUGAAAUUGUGUAUGCAUUAUAUAGUUAGAGGUGUUAUGUUCUUUGUAGAAAAUCAUUCUAAGUAUAGAUAUUGUAUUAUAUAAUAUAUAUUAUAUAUCUUUGAAUUGGGAAAUUAUGAUAAUUUGUUAAUGUAUAAUGUUUAGUCAAAUUGUUAAUUCUUAUUUAAAUUCUUUGUUACUAAGCUAAUGUUACUGUAUUUAAUCACAAUACUGUGUGUGAGUGUAGUUUAUAUUACAUUUAUUUAAUAUUGCCUCGGGAUGGCGUACAAAGUACUUGUUUUGUCUAAUUAGUGAUUUGAUUGUUGAAUAAUAUACUUGCUUAUGUUAUAGACAUAUUCUAAACAUAGUAUACACAAUUGCUGAUAACGAUUAUUUUAUAAGAUCAAUAGCAAUCAUAUAAUGAUUAUUAAAACAUGCUAUAAAAUAUUUCCAAUUAAAGUAUUCACCAUAAAUCAUUAUCAAUCAUACAUUUAAGUGGACAAAUUGUCAUAAUCAACUUCAUAAACUUCUGAAAAUGAGCUACUAAGAUUCUUAAGUAUUAAUUUCAUGUAACUUAAUGCAAUUAACGACUCUAUACAGUUAACAAUAACAGUACACGCACAUGUCUUAGACCAUGGCAUUGUUGAAAAUGUUCAUGUGGGCUGACUGUAAGAAUUGUUCUUUGUUUACCGUUUGUGGAACUUCAUUACACGGGUAGCUGAUGUUCACUAUAUAUUGCAGUCAGUUCCAAGUCUCUGUUGAAAUAUUCUUGCUCUAUUCUCCUGUGUUAUCUUUGUUAGUUUGAGCCAGCCUGAGUUUGACAUUCAGGUCAAUACACAUAUAUCUUUCUACGAACUUAGUCUUUUGUUUCCUUUUUAAUUGUGCGUGUUUAUGAUUUAGAGCAUGCUUAUUAUAGAAUUGAGUCGUGAUGAGACUUUUUAAACAGUGAUAGUUUACGAUUGAAGUUCUGGGAAGUCUUUAGCCUUUUUUGUUUUCCACUUUGUUGUAUUAGAUCAUUUUACAAUUGCCAUGGCAGUUUAGUUUAGCGGACAUUAAACUUGUAAAGUUUUGUCAAGUAAUCUUAUAUGAGAUGAACAGUGUUUACACAUGUCAAUCAAUAAGGAACUAAGUGUUCCUUUUCUGUUUAAAUUUAUAGUUAAAUUACUGUAGCCACAAAGACAAUUUUACACUCCGUGACUUACAAUACUGGAUGGGUUUUUUUUUUUAAAACAGAUAUUUUCUAAAAAAUCAUAGAUACAAUAUAUCAAUACACUAGCUACGUCAACAGUGACAUCAAAUAUAUUGCAUUCAAGCAUAACUUCUUUAGAUUGGCGUAAUUUACAUGAUUAUUGUUUGUUUUUGUAAUCCGAAGCUUUGUCUGCUAUACAAGACUGCUAUGGCUAGGUGUUAUAUCUAAAAACUAUUAAAAUUCAUUUUUUCAGCCCUCGUGUUUAAUAGUUGAUCAUUUAUUUUUCAUUGCUAUUGUUGUUCAUUACUCAGUUUUAUGCCAGUGAAAGGGAAGCAACUUGCGCCACUUCGCCAGCACCAGCCAUUUCCUACUGUCAUAACUAAUUGCAGAAGUGUUUAAAAAAAGUAUUAAACAGUAUUUCCUCAGUUAAACACUGAAUUGUUUUGUUUUACAUGGGCAUUAUUAUUUAUCACAAAAGUUUUGUUGUUUUUUUAAAAUCAUCUAUAUAGUCUAAGACAAGAUGAUAAAUUUGAGAUUGAAUAGGUGUUAUUGUUAUUACAAAAGUUGUUGAGCAAAAAAAUUGAAGCCAAACUUGCAUGCUCAGAAUUUCAAUGUAGAAAUAAGAAAGAAAUUUUAUCUAAAUACAUUGUGGACUAUGUUUACAUUGCAAUUGUAGUCGCACAGUUGGCACUUGCUCUAAUUUAUUACAAACUUAAUAAAGUUCCUGUUACAUAUACACAAAAGGCAGGUAUGGCAGAGGACAUGGCUGUGUUUGGCGGGGUGGGUGGUUGUCUGCAGUCAACACAUGAGUCCUUCAUCACCAGCUACACGGUCUUUCAGUCUCAUAAGUCAGCCUACAUGGGCUCGGCCUGAAGCCUCGGGGCUUCGGGCUUCACCUGAGUAAAUGCGAGACAUGCUAGGGGUGGGGUACCAUACACUCAUUACUAGAUUUGCCUUAUCAAGGACAUUGUUUCAGUUACAGAUAUUUAUUCUGCUGUCGUCACAAUAGAAAAUGCCACAUUGACAUUUGAAAUUUGCCCCCACAAGUUAUUCAUGUAUUUUAUAUGCUGUGAUAUAUUGAGUAUAAUCACCAUAAGCUUGCAUACAGUGUUAAAAUGAACUUCACCUUGUACAUAAUGUUUUGCAUCAAUGUGGCAGUUUUUACUGUACUUUCAAGUUUUAUCAAUUUUAACUGGUUUAUACUCCUUGUUUUAUGAGAUCAUGAGAACAUUACUGUAAAUAUCGCCACGUGGUUCAUUCUUGAAGUGAUAGCCAUUUUUCUAGUAUUUUGGUGCAACUUUUAGGGUAUAUGAUCACUUAGUGGUUGUGCCAUAGGUUUUAGGUAGAAAUUUAAAAUUGUCUUUUUAUUUAAACAUUUUUUUUUUAAAUCAUUCCAGAUACAUUGAAAAAUCAUCAUAAAUUUUAUAACAUUUUAAUUUUCACAAAAUACUUACUAUGGUUCUCUAUGCAAACAGACAAAAGUAAGCCUUAGGUAGGAUAAUAUUUGUAAUUUCGUGAUUUUAUUAAUAGCAUAAUUAUUGUAAUCCAUUUAAGAAUCCUAUAUUUCAGUUCAAACAAAAUGAAGGAAUGUUUCUUAUAAUAAGGUCACUGGUUAAGGAUAAAUAACACAAACAAUGCUAGUGAAAAUAAGUUGUCAAUGAAGAAAAACGAAGCAGAAUAGUUUUAAUGACAUUUUGAAGCUGGAUUUACCCCACCCCAUGUCUUGGUACACAGGACAAUAACUAUGUGUGAUUGGUGGUAUAAAAGGGUACAUAACUGCGUCAUUACUAGUACAGGGAUUAUUUUGUUAUUUUGUUAUAAAGCAUUGUGAUUACUUUAAUCGGCCAGGCAAUGUUUCAUGUUUAAUACAGAUUUAGCUAAUAUAUUAUAAUAUUUAAGUGUAUAAUAGUUACUCAACCUUAUUUGUUAAUACUUUUGUCAAAUUGUUUUGAGACCUCAGGCAGGAAAGUUACUAUAUGUACAUUUAGAUAAUGUUAUUUUCCUGUCUGUAAACUUCAUAAACAUGUAUCGAGACAUAUGUAAUCAUACAUACAUACAGUAUUGAACAUUUUCAACAUCCAACAUUUAUAUACUGAGAAUGUGAUAGUUUUCAGUAAAAUACAAUUCAAAUCAAAUGUUGCUUAAACUUUUGGGACAUUUUUCAACUUAUCUUUAUGACUAUGUAGACAAGAAUGCUAUUUGUGUAAACAUAUUUUAACUACGAUCCAGUUUGAUUAAUUUCUUGCAUUAUUCAUGAAUAAUGGCAGCUUGGUUUAAAAUGUCAUACCUCGAUUUCUAUCCUUGCCAGUUAUGGCUGCGAAUGGACGAAUCACACCAUCGUUAACAAAACUCGGAAAUGUUCGUUGUCAUGUGUCAAAUAUUCGCUACUCGUCUCUUGAUUCUCUCAUAGAUUCACUACUAUGUCGAGUCAUUUAUCGAGAUUCGUUUUUUAAGACAAUGCAUGGUUUGUUAUUGAAAUAGUAUCAAAAUAGUCUUCAUAUAUUCAUGUAGAAGUGUUUAAUCCAGUCUGUGUUUCUCAUACAUAGUACCCUAUCGUAUAAUACAACCAACUUUCUUAUGCUUAACUUUUUUAAUCAGACUUGUUUACAGUAUUGUUUAUGUGUUUGCUAUGAUUUGUGAGAAAGUCCUGCAUAAGAAUAUUGGUGCAACAUCCCUAUAUCAGUAAUGAUGACCAUUUAUGUACAUUUAUACCUCAGAUCUGUUUAUCAGGCAAACCCAUACCCACAAAUAACGCUAUUGGAUUUUUUCAAGACAGAGAAAAGGAGCAAAAGUUAUAUAAUAUCACCGGGAUAUCCAAUAAAUUCCAUAUAAAGGUUUCAAGUAAACUAGCAAUAUGACUACAUCAUUGGCUUGAAAUUUGUAAAAUCCAGGCAACCAUAAAUGGAAACUGGAUGAUGUGUAUAAUAUUUUAAAUGACUGUUGUGUGGGUAUGAGUUGGCCUGAUGUCACACAUAUUCUCACGUUUUAGUGUGAUAGAGAGAGAGAGGCUGGUUUUGGUGGACUUGUGUAUGUGGUAUUUGCAUUUAUAUCUCCAUGACAUCAUGUUGUUACUAUAUAUAUAGAUCUGAGGAUCAUACUUCACGUGUUUCGUUAAUGCCACUCAAACAGUGUGUUGUUUAAGUAACAAUUUGUGCAUUGUUUUGUUUCCUUUUGGCUUUUCAUUGCAGGAUGUAUUUUUAGUACCAGUAUUUUAAAGGGUCAAGUGUAACACUUUGAACAAAAAUCAGCGCACUUUUAUCCUUUAAAGUUGGCAGUUGAGCAUAGUGUAUGUUUAUAUCGGGGUCAGAAGACAAUACCAAUGGUACAAUUAUUGCAAAGUAGACAGUUACUUAAAAGAGACACGUUUCGACUGUUUGAACUGGUCACUAUUGCUGGGUACCAGACAGCUGCGCGUUAAGGGCCGAGAACCAGUCAUGUUAGCCUUCCCCUGCAUGACUGGCUAAAGAGGCGCUUGACUGUGACAGUGCACUUAAAAUUUGGGGCUUAUAUCAUUAACUACCCUGCUUAUUAUUUAACAAAUGUGAUAGAAAGAGGCGAUCAUUUAUUCAUUUGUUGUUUUCCCCACCACAAACUAUCGUGUCAUUGAUUUUUUUUUUAAGUUAAUCCUGUUAUGACUGGCAGACAGAGCUUGCACCCAACAUCAGCAGAUGUAUGUGCUUGAAAUCACAUAUUUAAAAUGUUGAAUCAAUAUGAUAAGAAUUUCUUUUGUAUACUGCAAAUGCACAUUUUUCAACCAUGUUCAGAGAAAUAUUUAGUCUGAAGACAGGGAGUAGACAUAACACUGUUAAGCAGAGGCUAAAUACGUGAUAGUGAGUGGUGGGACAUCAUCUGUUAAUACCGUUGGUUUGUGCCAAAUAACAUUCCUCAUCAAAUACACAGGUAGUUUUUACUUAGAGAAUCAUUGGAGGUUCACAUUUGUUAUUAUCUAUUUAUUUAUUUAUUUAUAAGACUGUGAUACUUCUCCAAUUUUUGCAUAGAAAACAAAAUCAUUCGUAACAAAUCACAUGUGACCUUGGAUCUGACUUUCAGGGUUCAAGGUCACCAUUAAUGUAGGUAGUUUUUCCUCACAUUUUUUUUCUCAUUGACUGUCCUUUCCUUUUAAAGAGAACCAUUUUUGCACAAAACAAGUUACAAGGUCUUUCAGUAAUGUGCUAUGUUUGUUAAGUAAUGGACAUCACAUUUGUUAAUACAUCUCUGUAAAAUGGCUAGCCAUUCCGUCAUGUCAGACCUCCUCUCUCCUAACAGACAACUCUAGAUCCAUGUGCCGUAUUCUGUGCUUGUCAUGUAAACAUAUAUUAUAUAUAUUUAUUACAUACCAUUAUCAAUAUUUAUCCAAGUCAUUCUCUGUUUUAACGACUUGUAAAGUCUGCUAAGUGCUCUAAAAUGGAACAUGAGAGGCAGGUGACUGACAAAAUUUUCGAAAACUGUUGAACAUGGUAUGGCUAGCCAUUACAAUUUCCACUCAUAAGUGGAAGAAAAUCUGUAAUCAUCACAUUAAAUCAUUCAUUUCGAUCUGUAUUUUCUGUUGCCAUAGCAACUGAAUUUACUGUUGUUGUCAUGGAAACCUGGUUGUGCAGAUAUUACUGCAAAUACCUGACUGCUCAUGGACAGGAGAUGAAAGGGAAUAAAAACUUGGGCUGAAUAAAG